UAUCCCGAAACAUUUGAGGACUUGCCAGUUGUUUACUUUGUGGAACGUUUUUGUAGUUUACUUCACACAAAGAUGUGAGUAAACAAGUAAUUUCUUUCCAAUUAUUAUUAUUUUUAUUCACUUCUACACAUUAACUAAUUUUGAGUUUCUGUCCUUGGUGCUGAACCUCACUAUGCGCCCUUUGGAUUGCUUUGACGCAACCCAGCCACCAUUUAAUCUAAUGCUACAGAUAUCCUAAAAGUAACUAAAUAUUUUGUGGCCAUUCUCUGUAGAAUUAUUAUUAUUAUUUUAUCCUCAUGUGGUGCGAUACAUUCUACUCGCAGUAAAAUCAUACAUUUUAGAAUUUCAAUUUGAAUUUUCUUUCCUCUCUUACACUCUUUUAUGUAUUGUAAAGAAAAAAACCACAACAAUUCAAUCUGAAUUAUAAAUGUGUUUCGUAGGAUUUUCAGUAUAUUUCUGAAAAUAAUCUAAUUAAUUUGAGAUCACUAGUUGUCGAUGUUGCUGUUUUUGUAGUUUUAUGAUGUUGCACAUCAGUAUCUAUAAAUAUAAAUAUUAUUCAUUGAUAUUUCAUAAUUCUAAAGAUCUUAAUCUAUGUAGUCAUAGUAGACGAUAUGAAGAAUUGGAACUAUUCUCUUAUUUGGCUUUUAUAUUUUUUUUCUGAGAAAAUAAAAUAUCAGCCCAGAUACUCUAUACCCCUUUCUGAAAUUUUCUUUUAUUAUUUUCAGAAUCGUUCUAUAAAAAUGUCUUCGAUUUUUUUCCCACUGUCAGAAGUUUUGGGUUUUAAUUCUUAACCAUUCACUUUUUUAAAGAAUAAUGGCAGAUUUGUAACGUUUUCUCUGUACUUAUUUUAUUUUUUUUCAUUUCUUGUAGUGAGUGAUAUUUUCUUCUCCCAUUAUGCUCUGGUCAAUGGAUCUUUUUCUUCAUAAGAACUUUACUCCUGUUUUUAAUCUGUGACUGGGUGUGUGCGUGUUUGAGUGUUCUGUAAAUGUAUAAUAUCAUUUUGGUGAUAUGUGGUUAAUGAAUGUUCUUUUUUGUGUUUGCAGUGUAUGGUAUUUGUGAUACUGGUGUGUCUCAUGGAACUAAGCUUAUGGUGCUGCAACCUAUGCAGCAGCCAAACUCCAACCACAGCUGGUAUUUGAGACUGUGUCUCUGAUCUGUCGUUCUCAGUGACUUUGAGAUAAAUGCGAUUUGGGAAGUGAUUUCAAGUAAAUACGUUUUUCAUGUAUUUAUUUAUUUAUUUUUGGCUUAACUCUGACAUAUUUGAUUCUUUUGGACACAUAGUAAUAUUACCUGUUUGACCUCAGUAGAUAUACAACGGACAUUGCUCAAAAUUAAUUUCUUCAUGCCAAGUGGCCACUGAAUCGUGUCUGAACGUGUACUUAGAAUUAUGUCGAGGAAAGUUUUUUUCGUUGACAUCUUCAGUGCGAGCCUCGCUUCUUUAUAUAUCAAGGCAUUUUAGUAUGGAAUACUUUAAAUAGUCUGUCUGUCCCUAGAAUUUCCGACACGUCCAACAAAGGUCUGCUUUUGCUAUUUUCUUGCGUUCACCGUCUUUAUUUUUGCCAGCAAAGAUCACCAUUAACAAUUCGUAAAGCUUACUCUAGAUGACGCUGUUUACCAACAUUAGGAAUUGUGAAUUCACAGUCUUUGUAAAAGGGUAGUGCUUGUAUUCAGACGCAGACUCGAAAGAACUCAGUGUCUUAUUGUGGCGAAACUACGACGCCACUCCUUGCCUUUUCCUCCUUGUCUUUACGAAAAUACGAAAAAUGGAUUUUAAAAUGUCUUUGUUUCAUCAGCAGUUUUUCAUUAUUGCCGUUCUGUUUUUGAGAGGGACCAAUGGAGACGUCAGCUUUUCUUUUCCAGAGGAGAUGAAACGAGGAUCGGUUAUUGGAAAUAUAGCCAAAGAUUUGGGGCUAGAACCGGGCGCACUUUCUCACCGAAAAGCCCGCAUUGACACCGAUGGGAUUGAUAAACGUUACUGUGACAUAAACCUGAACAGCGGGGAUCUGAUUGUUGCUGACAGGAUUGACAGAGAGGGGCUUUGUGGCGACAAGGCUUCGUGCGUUCUAAAAUAUGAGCUUGUGUUGGAGAAUCCACUGGAGCUACAACGGAUCAAUCUUCAUAUUCAAGACAUUAAUGAUCAUUCACCACUGUUUAACGAAGAUAUUAUCAAUAUUGAAAUUCGGGAGUCAGCAGACAGAGGAGCUCGUUUUGUGAUAGAAGAAGCUCACGAUGCGGAUGUAGGGCGGAACUCAGUUCAACAGUACAGUCUGAAGAAGAAUGAUAAUUUUGUUUUGGCUGUUGAUGGAAACACAAUAGAGCUCGUUCUUGACAAAGAGCUCGAUCGUGAAAAACAAGGAGAAAUUAAUUUAGACCUAACAGCCUUAGAUGGAGGCUCUCCUCAGAGAUCAGGUACCGUCGUCAUACACGUCACUGUGCUGGAUGCUAAUGAUAACGCCCCAGUGUUCAGCCAGGCCGUUUAUAAAGCCAGUCUGCCUGAAAACUCUCCUGUAGACACUGUAGUGGUCACUGUUAGUGCGACUGAUGAACAGUCCUACAGCGCAUAUGUGACUGAAAAUAACAAACCUGGCUCCACUUUAUGUUCAGUUACUGCUCGAGACCCUGACUGGAGACAGAACGGUACAGUGAUUUAUUCUCUGUUACCUGGUGAAGUGAACGGUGCCUCAGUCUCCUCCUACCUGUCAGUUAACGGAGACACAGGUGUGAUCCACGCUGUGAGGUCAUUUGACUAUGAACAGUUUAAGAACUUUAAAGUCAACGUCAUGGCCAGAGACAACGGUUCUCCUCCACUGAGCAGCAACGUGACUGUCAGUGUAUUUAUAUCAGAUGUGAAUGACAACUCUCCUCAGAUAUUGUAUCCCUCCUCAGAUAGAAACUCCUUCAUGACAGAGUUAGUUCCUAAAGCUGCACACGGAGGUUCUCUGGUGUCCAAAGUGAUAGCAGUGGACGCAGACUCUGGACAGAACGCCUGGCUGUCCUAUCAAAUAGUUUCAUCUACUGAUCCAGGACUUUUCACUAUUGGUGUCCACAGUGGAGAGAUCAGGACACAGAGGGACAUUUCUGAAUCUGACAGCAUGAAACAGAACCUUGUUGUUGCAGUGAAAGAUAACGGACAGCCCCCUCUCUCUGCCACCUGCUCCAUGUAUUUGAUUAUUUCUGAUAACUUGGCUGAAGUGACGGAACUUAAAGACAUUUCUAAUGACGGAACUAAUUCGAAACUGACUUUUUACCUGAUCAUUGCACUGGUCUCUGUGUCCACCUUCUUCUUGACCUUCAUCAUCAUCGUCCUGGGUGUGAGGUUCUGUCGCAGAAACAAACCCAGACUGUUGUUUGAUGGAGCAGUCGCCAUCCCCAGCGCUUAUCUUCCUCCUAAUUACUCAGAUGUUGACGGCACAGGAACUUUACGCAGCACCUACAAUUAUGACGCCUACCUGACAACAGGUUCUAGAACCAGUGACUUUAAGUUCGUGACAUCUUACAAUGACAACACACUGCCUGCUGACCAGACUCUGAGGAAAAGUCCCAGUGACUUUGCUGAAAUUUUUGGAGGCUGUGAUUCUUCACCUGAGACUUCAGGUCUGGUCACUGGAAUAUCUUAA